AGUACAUAUUUGACAGGGUACAGUCAGGCAGGGCCUGUACUCCAGCUUCGUGUUCAGUUCGGCACAGACGCCCUAAACGCUCUCCCACUCCCUUCUUGGUUUUCAUUUGGACGUUUUGUUGGUGCCGAACAGCAAUAAGCAGCCAUGGACGCCAUCAAGAAGAAGAUGCAGAUGCUCAAGCUCGACAAGGAGAAUGCCUUGGACAGAGCUGAGCAGGCUGAGGGAGACAAGAAAGCAGCAGAGGACAGAAGCAAACAGCUUGAGGACGAUUUGUUAGCUCUGCAGAAGAAGCUGAAGGGAACUGAGGAUGAGUUGGACAAGUACUCCGAGGCUCUUAAAGACGCCCAGGAGAAACUUGAGCUGGCUGAGAAGAAAGCCGCAGAUGCUGAGUCAGAUGUCGCUUCACUUAACAGACGUAUCCAGCUGGUUGAGGAGGAGUUGGAUCGCGCUCAGGAGCGUCUGGCAACUGCCCUGACCAAGCUGGAGGAGGCUGAGAAGGCAGCUGAUGAGAGCGAGAGAGGCAUGAAGGUCAUUGAGAACAGGGCCAUGAAGGACGAGGAGAAGAUGGAGCUGCAGGAGAUCCAGCUGAAGGAGGCUAAGCACAUCGCUGAGGAGGCUGACCGCAAAUAUGAGGAGGUGGCCCGUAAGCUGGUCAUCAUUGAGGGUGACCUGGAGCGUACAGAGGAGCGCGCUGAGCUGAAUGAGGGACGGGCUCGGAGAGCGGACGAUGAGCUCAGGGUUUUGGAGCAAAGCAUGAAAUCACUAAACUCCUCAGUCACAAAGUACUCCCAGAAGGAGGACAAAUACGAGGAGGAGAUCAAGGUCCUCACUGACAAGCUGAAGGAGGCUGAGACUCGUGCUGAGUUUGCUGAGAGAUCAGUAGCCAAGCUUGAGAAGACCAUUGAUGACUUGGAAGAUGAGUUGUAUGCCCAGAAACUGAAGUACAAGGCCAUCAGCGAGGAGCUGGACCACGCCCUCAACGACAUGACUUCCAUGUAAUUGUCAACUUGCUGCGCCUGCUUGUUCCGCCGCCCCCCUCUCUUUCCCUGCACCUCUGUUUUCCUGUACACCAGCUACCUCACCUUCAUCCCCUCCCUUAUAUUUCUUUUUCGCCGUUAUAACAAGUACAUCCAACCCUUGUAUCUGUCCCUACACUUAAAAAUGGCUAUGCAGCUAUGUUUUUAUAGUCUUAAAGUCGAAUGUCUUAAAACAGACCUUGUGGUAUUUGAAGUCCACAAGCAAUAAUAACAACUCUCUCUGGUUUACGCGGCACACUUUAUUAGUGUGGCUAUGAUACUGGAUGCCCUUUUGUAUCAUUGAUGUUUGAAGAAUACUGUAAACUGGACUUGAGUAAUAUUAUGCAUUGCUGAUUUUGUCAGUCUAUGCAUUUCUUUUUUUAUAAAUUCAUUUCUAAAUACUAAAUAUUUUCACAAGAUAUUUUGACAUUCUGGCAAUGCAUGGAAGUUGUCUAUUGAAUUUGUUUCAAUGAAUCCGAUUCUAACUCAAGGUUAUGAGUGUUUCGUCUUUCCUCUUCUACUAACAUGGUCUACUUCUGUCCAGAAGAAAGGCCCCCUGAGUGUUGCGAGAUCCCCUUUUUUGUUCCGUCGUUGCACCCGUUGAAGGUUAACUUUCACAGUUUACCUUCACUGUCAUUGAGUCCCCAGUUUUGCUAACUUAGUGUUGUCCCCCAACAUUUCUGUGGGAGGUGGACAAAGCGCACAGUAUCCACCUGGUAAAGCGGUGCUCCUUGUGUGUUACCAGAAAGGUCUUGAUGUAAAUCUGAGGAAGGAGUUGGUCCGACCUCCAGAUUGUGUUUGCUAGUGUGUGCUGUCCUUCACAAUGCCCUGCCAUUGUGAAGUCUGGUUGUGUAGUGCCGUGCCGUGACUCCUGUGGUUCUGGUGGAUUGUGGUGCGCAUCUCAAAUUCCCGUAGGUCCCCCGCCCGACCCCCUGGUUCACUGUACUUCUUCUCUCCCACGCAGAUAAAUAUUUCACACCUCAUCAAAGACGCCUCCUGCCGGCUGAGCGGCAUCUGUCCGCUCUCUCCAGCCAUCUCUCAAUUUUCCCAUCCCUCUCUGUCUUUGCUUUCCUUUCCUCAUGUUUUCAUCCUCAUGUCGAAGUUAAUUGCAUCUCAUCACUUGUACAGACUCUUAGCAUCUUUCUGCAUUGUGUAAAAAAAAAUAAACGUCCUUCCUUCUAUGCAAGCUGUAUCUCUUUACUCUGUCCUUUUUUUUCUUUUUAAUUUAUUUAUUUUCAAGUGGCUGAAAAAACAAAACAAGUAGCCUUGAUUUUAAGUUCUUAUCUUCCUUUUUUUUCCCCGCAUCUCAACAAGCCAGUAGUUGAGCUUCACCCAGCUUUUCUUUGUUCUUGUUCUUUUCUUCAAAUAUUGUUCUGUCAACCUGAUAUGAGCAAUAUCUCAGUGGUGUCAUGAGCACAGAAACCUAGAACAACUACAGGUACUUGACUGAAAGCUGAGCCAAGUUGUCUUCUCUGAUUUUCAACAUGUAGUACUGUGACAGGAGGAGCAGAGUGGAAGACUUUAGAAGUGUAGGGAAUUAGUGUUGGAUUGUUAUCGGGAUUGUGGUGAAGUAGAAGAGUAAAGGUUGUUAUGGUGGAGUACAGAACAGUAUGUAAGAUUUGUUGAGCCUCAUCUGGUUGCUGGAAAAAUUGGAGUAAACUGCUAUCGGUGAUUAUUAGACAUGGCCUUUGUAUGCUACACGGUAUCCUGUCAUAUAUUUGAAUAAAAAAACAAUCACAUAUUCUGAGUUUUUUCUGUUUUUUAUUUAAGUUGUCACCCGUAACUCCAGAGCGAGAAGCAGAAAUAAGCAAUUUUCUGGUGUUUUUGAGAUUACGUUGUCAGCCCACAACAAACUGGUUGAUCAGUUUGGAUAUUGAUCAGCCAUAUUUUAGCAGAUGAUAAGAUGCACUUGAUAGAGGAUGGUAUGACCAAAUGUCAGAUACACAUGUAGUUUAGCAUUUGAUUUCCCCCACAUUAUCUUAACAUUUAAAGGCGCCAUUUGACCUUUUCACCUUGUCCGGCUCAAUUUGCGCCUGUGUUUUCACUCUACACACAAAACACCCUCUCAAAAACCAGAACAUCAAAACACUGUUUGAUUAUGUUAUUUAAUGGCUAUUCAGAUACUAUCCGUGUGUUUUUAUAAAGAUUAAAAAAAGUAACCGAUGGCCUGUUCUGGAGAAGGUAGGUGUCAACAGGCCUUUUCUCUUUUCCUCUGAUUUCCUGUCCUCUCUCUGUUUUUUCUACUUGCUUUCUGACUGCAAAGAUCGCCUCCACCAUCAACUUCAGACAAACCGCCUUCUCACUAACGAACUGCGCGUGGCCUUGAAUGAGGACUAAAUUGUGUGAAUGUUUUCCGUGUUUGUUUGUGACAAUCUGAUCCAGAGCAAGAUCCAAAGUUCUUCCGUUUGCAUUGUCCAUGUACGAUGCCCGCACUGCUUGAAAUCUGUGUUGCUGUGUAGUUGACGUUUGGUAAAAAUCAGGGAUUAACUCAAAUGUAUAAUGUAUAGUCCUGCAAUCUAGUAUUAUGAUAUAAUACAAUAUUUUUUUUAUGGAUUGUUGUGUUUGUAACCUGUUUGCAUGGUGGCUUGCACAUCAUAAUAUGACCUUGUUUACUCAAUGUGUUGCUCUUGUUUUCUGUCCAUGAAGUGUAGGUAAACCGUUUUCGUGACUGACCUGAGUGAUGCAGCCAGCUUGAUUAUUAAUGCAGGCUAACCACUCACUUGUGCUUGCUUGUGUGAGAUUAUAACUUCUCCAUUUGAUG